AUCUAUUGGACAGUGAGUUGAAGCUGCCUGACUGAGCCACUCCUCUCUUUUCCCUGCCUGCUACCUGUUGCUGCUUCAACUUUUAACCCCCAACCGUCCUCCACCAAAGUUCCUGAAGCAACUCUAAAUUUGGGGCAUACCAUACAUGGACUAUUAGAGAGUCAAAGCACUUCAACAGGACAGCAAGUAAUCUAAAACCACCAAAACAUCUGAAAUGGGGAAGCAGAACAGCAAACUCCGCCCGGAGGUGAUGGAGGAUCUGCUGGAGAGCACGGACUUCACCGAAGCUGAGAUCCAGGAGUGGUAUAAGGGCUUCCUGAGGGACUGCCCCAGCGGGAACCUCUCCAUGGAGGAGUUUAAGAAGAUCUAUGGUAACUUCUUCCCCUACGGAGACGCAUCCAAGUUCGCAGAGCACGUCUUCCGCACCUUUGAUGCCAACGGGGACGGGACGAUAGACUUCCGGGAGUUCAUCAUUGCUCUGAGCGUCACGUCUCGCGGCCGCCUGGACCAAAAACUGAAGUGGGCCUUCAGUAUGUACGACCUGGACGGGAACGGUUACAUCAGCAAGGCAGAGAUGCUGGAGAUCGUACAGGCGAUCUACAAGAUGGUUUCCUCUGUCAUGAAAAUGCCGGAGGAUGAGUCGACACCUGAGAAACGCACAGACAAGAUCUUCAGGCAGAUGGACACAAAUCGUGAUGGUAAACUGUCUCUGGAGGAGUUUGUUGAGGGAGCAAAGAACGAUCCGUCUAUCGUGCGGCUGCUGCAGUGUGAUCCCAGCAGCGUAGGGCAGUAGAAGAACCUCUUCAGUCCUCUAGUAUUAUAUAUUCAGGUCAAAGCAUUCUCCUUCAUUCACCCAGUAGUGGCUAACUGCAUAACAGAUCGGCAUCCAUCAGAUCAAAAUGGACCCAAGCAGAGGAGCCACAUACUGGACCAUCACAUACUGCACCAUCACAUACUGGACCAUCACAUACUGCACCAUCACAUACUGGACCAUCACAUACUGGACCAUCACAUACUGGACCAUCACAUACUGGACCAUCACAUACUGGAUCAUCACAUACUGCACCAUCACAUACUGGAACAUCACAUACUGGACCAUCACAUACUGGACCAUCACAUACUGGAACAUCAAAUACUGGAACAUCACAUACUGCACCAUCAAAUACCGGACCAUCACAUACUGGAACAUCACAUACUGGACCAUCACAUACUGCACCAUCACAUACUGCACCAUCACAUACUGGACCAUCACAUACUGCACCAUCACAUACUGGACCAUCACAUACUGCACCAUCACAUACUGGACUAUCACAUACUGGUCCACCACAUACUGGACCAUCAUAUACUGCACCAUCACAUACUGGACCAUCACAUACUGGACCAUCACAUACUGCACCAUCACAUACUGGACCAUCACAUACUGGACCAUCACAUACUGCACCAUCACAUACUGGACCAUCACAUACUGGACCAUCACAUACUGGACCAUCACAUACUGGACCAUCACGUACUGCACCACCACAUACUGGAACAUCACAUACUGGACCGUUCACAUACUGCACCAUCGCAAACUGGAGCACCACAUACUGGUCCACCACAUACUGGACCAUCACAUACUGGACCACCUCAUACUGGACCAUCACAUACUGCACCAUCACAUACUGGACUGCCACGUACUGGACCAUCACAUACUGGACCAUCACAUACUACACCAUCGCAAACUGGAGCACCACAUACUGGACCAUCACGUACUGGACCAUCACAUACUGGACCACCACAUACUGGACCAUCACAUACUGGACCAUCACGUACUGGACCAUCACAUACUGGACCACCACAUACUGAACCAUCACAUACUGGACCACCACAUACUAGACCGUCACAUACUGGACCGUUCACGUACUGCACCAUCGCAAACUGGAGCACCACAUACUGGACCAUCACAUACUGGACCAUCACAUACUGGACCAUCACAUACGGCACCAUCACAUACUGGACUGCCACGUACUGGACCAUCACAUACUGGACCACCUCAUACUGGACCGUCACAUACUGGACCAUCACAUACUGGACCACCACAUACUGGACCAUCACAUACUGGACUACCACAUACUGGACCAUCACAUACUGGACCAUCACAUACUGGACCAUCACAUACGGCACCAUCACAUACUGGACUGCCACGUACUGGACCAUCACAUACUGGACCACCUCAUACUGGACCGUCACAUACUGGACCAUCACAUACUGGACCACCACAUACUAGACCAUCACAUACUGGACUGCCACAUACUGGACCAUCACAUACUGGACCAUCACAUACUGGACCAUCACAUACUGCACCAUCACAUACUGGACCAUCACAUACUGCACCAUCACAUACUGGACCAUCACAUACUGGACCAUCACAUACUGGACCAUCACCAUUAUAGACAUUCAUAGUAUUCUAAUGGUUACAGUUAGAAUUGAGGUAAACUAUUUUGAUCCAAGAUCAGUGGUGAAAAGCCGUUUCUACUUGGAGCCAAGAAACACACUAUUCUGCCAUGAGGAACAGAACUGAACUGAGGGAGAAGGGUAUUGGAGGAACAUGACACCAGAUAUAAUAACUGAAAUGAGGGAGAAGGGUAUUGGAGGAACAUGACACCAGAUGGAAGCUAUUGAUCUUCCCUACUGCAGAUGGAAGCUAUUGAUCUCCCCUACUGCAGAUGGAAGCUAUUGAUCUCCCCUGUAGAUGGAAGCUAUUGAUCUCCCCUACUGCAGAUGGAAGCUAUUGAUCUCCCCUACUGCAGAUGGAAGCUAUUGAUCUCCCUUACUGUAGAUGGAAGCUAUUGAUCUCCCCUACUGCAGAUGGAAGCUAUUGAUCUCCCCUGCAGAUGGAAGCUAUUGAUCUCCCCUACUGCAGAUGGAAGCUAUUGAUCUCCCCUACUGCAGAUGGAAGCUAUUGAUCUCCCUUACUGUAGAUGGAAGCUAUUGAUCUCCCCUACUGCAGAUGGAAGCUAUUGAUCUCCCUUACUGUAGAUGGAAGCUAUUGAUCUCCCUUACUGCAGAUGGAAGCAAUUGAUCUCCCUUACUGCAGAUGGAAGAGAGAGUGUAUGAGCAAAAAGAGGUAGCUAGAUGAUAUAUUAUAAUAUUUGACUUAGUGACAAAAUAUUGUGGCAUUUUGCAGCACUGAAACAUUUUCACUUUAAGAUUUAGAAUUAUAAAUGUUUGGAAUAUUUUUUGACUGCAAACAUGAUAGAAUGAUGUGUACAAUAUAAUCAUAUUUAUUGUAGGAUCGUUUUGAAAACAGAGAGGACCACACAUUUUGCUAUGCAUUUAUCUGUCUACAUCCUCCUCUGCUCCAACUAGACUCACAGGGCAACAUCACUCUUUUUUUUUUAGAGAAACACAAGUCUAUCAUCAUCUAUCUCUAACACCAGUCGUGUUCACAAGUAUCAGAUCGCACCACACACACAGUGGAAUGUAUGUCUCUGGCAGGGUCCCUGAAAUGCUUAAAUAUCCACACAGUGGAAUGUAUGUCUCUGGCAGGGUCCCUGAAAUGCUUAAAUAUCCACACAGUGGAAUGUAUGCCACUUAAAUAUCCAUUGUAAGGACAAUACACAUGCAGACUAACUGAUCCUAUCACACAUUCUGUGACACGGUGUAACAUAUCAA